CACACGGCAGGCAAAGUCAGCUACCGGGAGGGAGAAAGGAAGGGCAGCUCCUCUCUGAGGAGAAACUUGUCCUAUCUCUGAGAGUCCCGCACAGAAUGUUUACAAAACGCUCAUUAAGGGAGAGGGGAUGGCGAGAUAGCAACAAAUCUGGUGAGCAGCUUCCACUGGCCGAGAUAAGAGAGGCAAGGCGGCCAUAGAGGAGAGCGAGAUCCAAUUACCGAGACCUGGUUUUGGGGAGGGGGAAGGGGCAGACAGACAGGACGGAUCACAAGCUUCAAGACAAGAGCUUCCAAACUUGUCAUCCCUCUGUGACACAAGCCGCGCUCAGGCCGGCGGAUAAAACCCCAACCAGCCCGCACCAGAGCCAGAGCGCGGUGAGCGCGGCGGAGGCGCGGGCAAAGCCAUGGAUUCUGUCCUUCUCCAGCUCUGGGCUGUCCUCUCCCUCCUGGUUCACCUUGCAGCCUGCAGUCCCAUCCUGAGCUUGGAGCACUCUUCCCUGGAGGAAGACGUGCCUCUUUUUGAUGAAAUCCUCUCUGAGCAAGAUGGGGUUGAUUUCAACACGCUGCUCCAGAACAUGAAAAAUGAGUUUUUGAAGACGUUGAACCUCUCUGACAUCCCCCUGCACGAGUCGGCCAAGGUGGACCCACCAGAGUACAUGCUAGAGCUGUACAACAGGUUUGCCACAGACAGGACAUCGAUGCCUUCUGCAAACAUCAUCAGGAGCUUCAAAAACGAAGACUUGGAUUCCCACCCCGUCGGCGUUCCGGGAACUCGGAAAUACCCGCUGCUGUUCAACGUUUCCAUCCCUCACCACGAGGAGAUCACCAUGGCAGAGCUGAGGCUCUACACCCUGGUGGAGCGGGACCAGAGGCUCUACGAGGGGCUCGACAGGAAGGUGACCAUUUUCGAGGUGCUGGACAACAUCCACAUGGGGGCUGGGGAGGAGAGGAAGCUGGUGGCCCUGGCCUCCAGGCACAUCUACGGCACGAGCAGCGAGUGGGAGAGCUUCGAGGUGACCGAGGCCAUCCGGCGCUGGCGCAGGGCAGGGCUGACCACGCACCGGCUGGAGGUUCACAUCGAGAGCAGGGAGGGCCACGAGCAGAACGGGGAGGGGAAACUCGACAUCGACAUCAACUCCGAGGCCAAGCACGUGCCCCUGCUGGUUGUGUACUCUGACGACCAGAGCAAUGACAGGAAGGAGGAGAAGGAAGAGCUGAACGAGAUGAUAGACCACGAGCAGCUCCUGGAGCUGGAGAACCUGGAGGUUGGCAAUUUCCACGACCAGCCCGGGGAGGAGGCGCUGCUGCAGAUGCGCUCCAACAUCAUCUACGACUCCACCGCCCGCAUCCGCAGGAACGCCAAGGGCAACUACUGCAAAAAGACCCCGCUCUACAUCGACUUCAAGGAGAUUGGCUGGGACUCCUGGAUCAUCGCCCCGGCGGGGUACGAAGCCUACGAGUGCCACGGGGUGUGCGCCUACCCCUUGACGGAGCACGUCACGCCAACCAAACACGCCAUUGUCAAGACUUUGGUUCACCUGAAGAACCCCCAGAAAGCCUCCAAGGCCUGCUGCGUGCCCACCAAACUCGACCCCAUCUCCAUCCUCUACCUGGAUGCAGGGGUGGUCACCUACAAGUUCAAGUACGAGGGCAUGGUGGUGUCAGAGUGUGGCUGCAGAUAGUAGGAGGGAACGCACGCGUGGGGAGGGCACAGGGGGAGUAUUUAAUGAUUCAGUCUGUAAAUUUGUACAUUUGGGAUUUGCUAUUUAAUGAGGUUAUUUAAUGAGGCCUGUACAGAUAAUUGUAUGUUUCCUGUCAUGGGGAAUGGGCACGUAGGGAUUGUAUAUUUUGUUCCAUUUGCUUCCUUCUUGCUGCUCUUCGCUGUCCAGAUCACAGCCGAGUCUCUCCUCCUGUCAGGGCAUGGAGCUGAUCACUGGAUUGUUUGGGAGGGCUCUCGGUGCCAAAAGGGCACAUCUAAAUUCACGGAAAUAAAGGCAUAUUUUUGUACUUUAUUGAUGUUGAUUGGCAUCUCCAGAGCUGUCAAAGGUACCUGAGUGAUGGGCAAUCACUCCUGGAUUAUUCAGUGUCCUGUAAUAUCUUUAUAAAAGUCUUCACAUGCUAAUUUUUCUUAAUUCAUCUCUGUAGAGCUUACAUCCUGAUAAUUCUCAAGCUCCUGAAUCACUAAGGCACAAAGAAGGUGAAUUUUUUUUCAUUUUUUCUUAAUACUUCCUUCACUCUUUCCCUGUUUCGGUCAAAGGUAACUGACAGGGAUGAUUUGGCAUCUGGAGCAGAAGGGCACCAUUCCCUUUCCCAUCUUUCUUAGGAAAGCAAAUGGCCCAGGAGCAGUGCCAGGCAUGGGCCAAGGCAAGAAAUUCCCCCUGUGCAGGUUUAUGACAAAAUCACUCUGAGGCAGCUCUGGCUUUGCUGCAGCAGCCGUGGAUUGGCUCUCCAGGACCAGAGCUUUAGGUGGCAGAAGGAAAUGCAAUAAAUAUCCUGAACCCUUGGAAUUGUACCAGCUAAAAUUCUCCUUGAAAUUUCCACCAGCUACGAAGCAGCCCCCGUUCCCAGUCAGUAAAUCCCAUCAGAUGCAGCUGCAUAAUCCAACUGGAAUGGCCCAGCAGUGCCAGCAGAGCCCUUCGUGCCAGUGGGACACGAGCAUCUUCCCUUUCUGUAAGUGCUGAAUUGUCCAUUCCCAGGGAUGUUCCUCCCCCCAGACUCUACAGAUGCAGUCACAUGCCAUGUUUCCACCACUCUUCUGCAACAAAUCCUGGUGAUAAGGAGGUGUUGGAGCUGAGAAACAAUAGACCCGUCACUUUAUUUAUACUAAGCUGCAAAUUUGUCAGAUUCUUGGGAAAGUGUAAGUGAUGUUGACUCUUUUAGCCUGUACCAGAGCCUACUGCACUGUCCCUGCAUCUGUUUUACACUUUUAAGGGAAAGUUAUCUUCCCUGGAAGUGAUAAGGGUCUUUGAAAGAAUCACUCCAACACUUCAUGGGAAUGAACACCAAAGACUUUAUCACGCACCAGCUAAACCCAAUUUCACCUAUUUUCACACAUACUCUUCUGUGCUUCCCAUAAUUUAUUGACCUAUUUAUUGACUGCCUGCCUUUGUAAUAUAAUGUAGAAUACAGAACGUUUUAUUUUUGUGCUUGUGUGUAAUCCCACUUGGAUAAAACCUUGUACUGAUCCUACUUUACAUGGAAUCUCUCUGUUGAGUUGUGUGGCACACAGAAUGAGGUUGCUGACUUCUUUUUCCUCCCCUGGAUACUUGUAAAAUUCCACAUGGCUCACUUGCAGAGCUGCUCCCUCACUGCAGUGAUUCCAGGGGAGUUCUGGAGUGUGGUCU